GUUAUAGGCCGCUGGGCAAGGGGCAGCGCCGUAUAGAACUACGUGUCCCAGAGUGCCGCGGGGAGACGCGGGCCAAUGAGCAGUGGGCGUCUUGGUGCAGCGCUCAGGCGCACUGGGGCCGGUGCCUGGGGAUUCAUGUGGAGGAGGGACGUUUUAAAGGGGCUGGAACUGGACGUGUGAAAUGGCUGCGAAGGUAUUUGAAAGCCUUGGGAAGCUUGGCCUGGGCUUGGCUGUUGCAGGUGGAGUUGUCAAUUCUGCUCUUUACAAUGUUGAUGCGGGCCACAGAGCUGUCAUCUUUGACCGAUUCCGUGGGGUCCAGGAUACAGUGGUAGGAGAAGGUACCCACUUCCUCAUCCCCUGGGUACAGAAACCCAUCAUUUUUGACUGCCGCUCUCGCCCCCGUAACAUUCCCGUGAUCACUGGCAGCAAAGAUCUACAGAAUGUGAACAUCACGUUGCGUAUCCUGUUUAGACCAGUGACUGCCCAGUUACCACGGAUUUUCACCAGUAUUGGAGAGGACUACGAUGAGCGUGUCCUGCCCUCAAUCACAACUGAAAUCCUUAAAUCUGUUGUGGCUCGCUUUGAUGCUGGAGAAUUGAUCACUCAGAGAGAGCUGGUCUCAAGACAAGUGAGCGAAGACCUCACGGAGAGAGCAGCAACCUUCGGGCUCAUUCUGGAUGAUGUGUCCUUGACCCAUCUGACCUUUGGCAAGGAGUUCACAGAGGCAGUGGAGAUGAAGCAAGUGGCCCAGCAAGAAGCAGAAAGAGCCAGAUUCAUUGUGGAAAAGGCUGAGCAGCAGAAGAAAGCAGCUGUCAUCUCUGCUGAGGGAGACUCAAAAGCAGCAGAGCUGAUUGCCAAUUCACUGGCCACUGCAGGCGAUGGUCUUAUUGAGCUGCGCAAGCUUGAGGCAGCUGAAGACAUCGCAUACCAGCUCUCGCGGUCCCGCAACAUCACCUAUCUGCCCUCUGGACAGUCUGUGCUCCUCCAGUUGCCACAGUGAACCUGGCUCUGCAGCCAUAGCUAGCCUGGUCACCUCUACUUACUAGAUCAGCCCUUUCCAAAAGAAUCUUUGCAAUUUCCUCAUUGGCAAAAGCAGAGGAAAUUAAAAUUCAACCCAUUUUGAAUUCUUAAUCAAAUAAAACUGAACACUCUUGACAGCAAA